AUGGACACGAAAUCGAGACUUCGCAAGGCCUGCGAUGCCUGCAGCAUCCGGAAAGUGAAGUGUGAUACGAGCGGUCCGCCAUGUCGUUCGUGCGCCAGCUUGGACAUACCUUGUACAUAUGAACGACCAAGCAGGCGCCGUGGGCCUCCGAACCGCCAUGCAGAGGCUCUGAAAAAGCAGAAGCUGGAGACUCAGCCCGAUGCAUCUCCUGGGAGUCUCACUGACUAUCCCCUGACGAGUACUCCGCAGCUCCAACCCCAGGCCCUGCAUCAACCUCAAUCUCAAAACCAGCCUCCGCCUCAAGUUCAACCCUCGCCUGUACUCCAGCACCCUGAGACUCCAUUCCCUGCAUCAGCAGAAGCAAUCUGCUCCUUAAACACUGUCCAACUACUCCUUGACGAUUUCUUCACUUACAUCCAUCCCUUGGUCCCAAUCCCACAUGAGCCAACUUUUCGAGCGGCUUUCGAGCGGCGAGAAGAUGCCUCAAAUGGUACAUUCUUGGCUCUCCUGGCAUCCAUGAUUGGGUUUUUGGUCGCUUCUUUUCCCCGUCGGCCGAAGCUACGUCUCAACACCGAGGCGGAACGAUUCGCAUUUCCUAAUUCAAUCGCUCUGGUCAAGCGAUGCCAUGAUGUUGCUAUUCAAGCCCGAGGUACUGGAUAUCUUGACCGAAAUGCAACAGUCUAUGAUGCAGCCAUCAGCUAUUUCCUCGGAGUCUGCGCGGGCUACAUCUACAGCAUGCGCCGGUGCCGUAUCUACUUGGCCGAAUGUCGUACGAUGCUGCAGGUUUACGACCUGUGUCGUUCUCCAACAGCUUCUUCGAUGGUGCCGGCACUAAGUGCCACUAGUCCAAUGUCGACCACCUCGGCUAUUUCUCAAGACCCGCCGGCUCAGUUUCUUACAGACGACAAACCUGUAGAUCUUAUCUCCCAAGAACUUGGGCGCCGGCUCUUCUAUGUCUCCUUAGUGGGAUACCAGAGUCUACUCCAACUCGGGUCUUCUGAUAUCAGGAUUCACGUUCCCCCAGAAACUCCCACCAGUCGCUAUCCACCUCUUCCACUUGAAGUUGAUGACGAGUUUUUGUUCUCAACCCAUAUCAACCCUCAACCAGCUGGCCGUGUCUCGAUAAUGGCUGGGUUCAAUGCCAACGUGCGAAUUUACAACUCAUACAACUCGCUUUUGGCCUGGGAAACCGCUUUUGGCAGUGGCCAGAUCUUUGAUUGGACUUAUCAACGCUCGUCCUUAUGGCAGUGUCUCCAGACAGUCAAGUCUGCUCUCCUCAAUGUUCCGGUGGAGUUGUCACUGUUCCACCCAAAGCAAACCUCUCCUGCUGGCCUGGCCGGGUUUGGUACAGAUGGAUCAGUGUUUAACUACCCCGACGACCACAUUCACCAAGAACGACGUGCCAUCCAGUAUGAGAUUCAAAAGGCCAACAUUUAUGCCAGUCAGCUCUGUACCAGAUCAUGGCUGGUUGAAAAGUACUGGAAUCUAUUUGAUAUGUACACCAAGUAUGGCAAUUCGGCCAGAGCAGAAGUUCCUACUCCUGCCACUCCUCACAUCACGACCGAGAGCUUUCCGGAGCCGCCGCCUGAUAGAAGCACCGACACUCCGUCGGAUACAUUUACACAGGCAGCAUCACAAGCGCAAACUGACUACAUUGGCCGUAUGAUGGCCGAUGAGCGGAAGCUGGUAAUCAAAGACCUUUUCGUGCUUCUGCGAACCGUCAAUGAAGUGAACAUGGAGCCAAAUGGCGCCAGUAUCACUGGGAAAAUCCGCCAAAUAGCAUCAACCCUCCUCAACAUGCCGCACAACUCCAAACCAAACUGGAAUCAACAAGGUCCAACAACUAUGACACCCGACAACCAAUCCAUUCAAUUAACAGCCGAUCAAACACCCACCGCCCCAACAGGCAUGCCCAUUCUCACUGCUGCAGAAGCAGAAUCCUACCUCCACGCCUUCAUCGACACUCUCAUCCGCCUCGAAGGUUACUCAGCCACCCCCACUGACUCCGGUGGCGUUAGCGAGGGCGUCAGCCCGCGCGCGAAUGGGAGAGCAAUGAGUUAUCUUAGUGACUAUGAGCGGGAUCAGGAGGAGUUAAGUCAGUGGGCCAGUUUGAAGGAGUACCAGCAGAAAUUCGCUGAAGCCGGCGGUGUUCUUUCCGAGUUGUAA